UAUCCUUCAGAGUUGUUUUUACCAAUCUUAAUGCAGUAGGAAGAUACGGUCCGACAACAUUGGGGGACCACUACACAGGUCAGGAUCACGACGGACAAGUUACACUGUCCAGCGGUAUUCAACAGUGGACUGUGCCUUACACUGGUGAAUACAGAAUAGAAGCAAUAGGAGCAGAGGGCGGGUAUGAUCCAUUACAAAAUAAUUCUCAGUACCGUGGAAGAGGGACAAAAAUGACUGGAACAUUCAGCUUAAACAAGUUUGAAGUCAUUCACAUACCUAUCGGUCAAGAAGGAGGAAUAAAGAACGUGUCCUAUUCUUCUGGAGGUGGUGGAGGAACAUUUGUAGUGAGAGAAGCUAGCACACCUUUGAUCAUAGCUGGAGGUGGUGGUGGGGUCGACAUGACAAAUUCAAGACAUGCAGGAUGUGAAGCUAGCACAAACACAACAGGAAAUCCUGGAGACAGCCCAGGUCAGUGGGGGAAAAUGGACACGGUGCACAGGGUGAUAAUAAUACGAUGUCAGGUGGUGGUGGCGGAUUUUACUCCGAAGGAAGAAGUGGUAGGAAUGGAGAGGGUGGUAAGAUAUUUCUUCAGGGAGGGCAGGGUGGAGGAGCCAAGUCCAAAGAUAUCGUGGGUGGGUUUGGUGGAGGUGGUGGUGGUGGAGAUGGAGGGGUAG